AUGACAACAUUCAAGCGUUAUAUUAAUACUUCAUUACUUCCUGAUGAUAUUUUUUCUUAUACUGAUGCACAAUUCUACGAUAUUGUCAAACGAAUUGUAGGUGAAAGUGCAGCAGAAUUGCUUGAAAUACAAUCUAUUCGUAGUCCUGAUUCACUUUUACUAAUACCAGAUGUUUUUGCCAUUCUGAAUAUUAAAUGUAUGGCUUUAAAUUCAUUAAAAGAAAAAAUACGCUCGAAGUCAGAUAAUGAUUUAUACAUAGUGAAACCAGGCAUUAAGAGUUUAAUGAAUUACUUUUGUGAAUUGAUUAUCAAGAAACAAGAUGAAGAUAUGAAAUUGUUAAGAAAGAAAAAAAAGUUAUAUAAUUCUACUAUUUCGUCUAAUAAUGCUGACUCAUCUGAUAUGAAUGAAACCUCAUCUGAUCAACAGCAACAAAUGUCUUCAUCUACCGCAGCAAAGAUUGUUCGAUCAACAUCUACUGUACCAGUCAAUGAAAAUUAUCAUCGAAAUUUUAUUUUAAAGUCUAUCACCAAUUGGUGUCAAAGGCAUUCUUCAAAAGUAUCAUUAUCUGAAGGUGUUGAUUAUCAUUUAUUUCUUACACGAUCAAGCGAUACAAACUUCACAGCAAAAAUAAAAUUAGAAGGUAGUGUAAAACGUUCUGCCACGCACGACGUUGCUCAGAAAAAACGAUUUCAUCAUGCUCAUUCAAAAUGA